GUCUCAUUUAGCAGAUACACGUGCACUUAUGGUGCAGCGGUUGCGAGCUGCAAACAGUCGCCGGCAGCCCCGCAUGACGGCUGCGCACUGAACCGGAGGGCAGCCAUGCGGUGGCUCGUAGCAUACCUCAUCACUUCCACAAGCGGGUUCACGGCGCCGGCGUACUGCAACCGGAGCUUUCUAGAAGUCACGGAGGCAAAACCGGUCGAAGCGAAGCGCUACGCCGUCGUGCUGAACCGCCACUGCUACCGCGGCUUCAGCGGUAUUGACUAUAGGAACAAGGAUUCGUACGUCGGAACACAACGAGCCGUGGACAUGCAGCUCGCGCUGAUAAAUAGCGUUCUGGGGAACGUGGUUCUGCCCCUCGAGCACCUCGGUUUUGAUGUCGACGUGUUCCUGGUCGCGCACGACCCGUCACCGCACAACGCGACAAAAUCCGCCGAGCUCUGGGAUUUGUUGAUCAGGGCCUUCGGCGGCCGCGUCGUCGCCACGAAGCAAUUACAUGGAUUGGGCCACGGCGGCGGCCGCGACCUCGGCCAGGGCACGGCCAUGGUCGAGACGUUCCGGCUGCUUGAAAAGCACAGUAUCAAACUCGCGUCGCAGAACUACUUCGGGGGCUCCGAGUCGCACGCGUCUCCCUAUAGAGCUGUGCUCAUCAACCGCUUCGACGUCGCCUUCACGGAUCGCCUGGGCCCCGCCGACCGAGCGGAUCUAGAUAAGACGGGGUAUCCCACGGACGCGGCGCACUAACGCGUUGUGGUCCGCGAAACGCCCCUCCUUCGUCAUGAACAUGAUCGCGUCGAUCCCCGGCUGGUUAUUAGGAUGCUACUUCUCGCACGCGCUCCACUCGCCGGACAUGGCGCGCGACGAGUGGUGGACCGACAAGGAUGGAAGGUUUUGGCACCCCAUGAUACUCGAAGACGAGCUGAAGCGGAACAAUAAAUGGUGGGGCCUGGCGAAGAACCCUUUUCCGACCCGGGACGGCUUCUUCAUCUACCGCGGGCCCUACGGCAUCUCGCACCACGAUGGGGGCAAAUUUAUUUGUAGGUGGCUGCGGGAGUACUACGGGGGGCCGUCGUGCGGCGUGACGUACGUCGCGGGCGACACGUGCGCCCACGCGCGGAACUCGACGCCCGCGCUGAAGGCCCUCUACAAGCUAGCGCCAGAGGAGGACGCGGCCCGGGCGGAGGAGCUCGGGAAGCUCGUGGCAAGAAGACCAGAGUGGAAUCUAGAGCCGAGGCCGGACGAGGCCGUCCCUCCAACGCUCGAGGCGUUCCUGGCCGCCGUCGCGUGCGGCGAGGGCGAGGCGGACACUAUCCGGGAUCAGUCCGCGAAGGAUGGGUUCCUCGAGGGCACGUCAAUCCAAUGAAGAAAAAGAAAGAAAGAAAGAGAGAAAGUGCGUGAAGCCCCAAUGUGAUAAGAUUGUAGAGUGA